CCUGGUAAUAUAGGGAGGGAGGCCGGCGUGGAGAGCCUGGCUCGGCCGCCACCGCGGGAGCCGGAGCUGCCGGGAGGAGCGGCGUCCUCGCCAGUCUGGAGCAGGAGGGCGGCUGGGCGCAGUUGCUGGGAAUUCUUCUGCCGAGAGGGCAAGCGAUAGGAAGGGAGCCCCGGCGAGCUGGGGAGCGCGAGUGCAGCAGACCUCCCCAUAGAUUGAGAAAGCCCGGUUCCCGGAGGAAAUGGGACUGUGAGCGAACCGGGAGAGAGAAGGGAAGGAAGCGCCGAGAUUGCUGAUGUCAGAGGAGCCCGGAAAGUCGCGCUGGAAAAAUCUGAAGACAGCCGGGGCUCCGCUGCUUCCCCAGGAGAGACACCGCCAGCCACCCCCUAACGCCCCCUCGGUGCCUCCUAGAUCCCCCCGUGAGCCGGCGACAAGCGCCCGGUGGGGCUGCUGCGGGGCGAUAGGGACGGAGGGGCGCGCGGACGGGAGACCGAGGGGCCACUUUUGGAAUACAGAUAAGUGGCUGGUGGCUUGACGUGGAUUUUAAUGAAUUUCGACUCCAUGUGGAUGUGGUUCUCCCCGUGAUUGCGAGCUGUGGGCCGCGAGAGGGGCAGCGCGCCGCCCUCGGCAGCCGGCGGCCGAGGCUGACGGACCAAAGACACGAGGACAGACAGACGUCUCGGAGCUGGAACCAUGUGAGGGCCAACGCAGGAAGGCAGCGUGGAUGAGCACUCAGCGGAUCUGCCUCCUCGUCUUUGCCCCUCUCAGCAUGGAACAGAGGAGGCCCUGGCCAUGGGCCACAGAGGUUGACAGCUGGUCUGUGGUCUUGCUCUCAGUGGUCUGGGUGCUGCUGGCCCGCCCGGCAGCCGGCAUGGCUCAGUUCAGCACCUUCCACUCUGAGAACCGAGACUGGACAUUCAACCACUUGACCGUCCACCGAGGGACAGGGUCAGUGUACGUGGGGGCCAUCAACCGGGUCUACAAGCUGACAGGCAAUCUGACCAUCCAGGUGGCUCACAAGACUGGGCCGGAAGAGGACAACAAGUCUUGUUACCCGCCCCUCAUUGUGCAGCCCUGCAGUGAGGUCCUCACCCUCACCAACAACGUCAACAAGCUGCUCAUCAUUGACUACCCUGAGAACCGCCUGCUGGCCUGUGGGAGCCUCUACCAGGGAGUCUGCAAGCUGCUGCGGCUGGAUGACCUCUUCAUCCUGGUGGAGCCGUCCCACAAGAAGGAGCACUACCUGUCCAGCGUUAAUAAGACGGGGACAAUGUAUGGGGUGAUCGUGCGCUCUGAGGGGCAGGAUGGCAAGCUCUUCAUUGGCACUGCCGUGGAUGGAAAGCAGGAUUACUUUCCCACUUUGUCCAGCAGGAAGCUGCCCCGUGACCCCGAGUCCUCCGCCAUGCUUGACUAUGAGCUGCACAGUGAUUUUGUCUCCUCCCUCAUCAAGAUCCCCUCGGACACCCUGGCUCUGGUCUCCCACUUUGACAUCUUCUACAUCUAUGGCUUUGCCAGCGGAGGCUUUGUCUACUUCCUCACUGUUCAGCCCGAGACCCCCGAGGGUGUGGCCAUCAACUCGGCCGGAGACCUCUUCUACACCUCGCGCAUCGUGAGGCUCUGCAAGGAUGACCCCAAGUUCCACUCCUAUGUGUCCCUGCCUUUCGGUUGCACCCGGGCUGGGGUGGAGUACCGCCUCCUGCAGGCUGCUUACCUGGCCAAGCCCGGGGACUCCCUGGCCCAGGCCUUCAAUAUCAGCAGCCAGGAUGAUGUGCUCUUUGCCAUCUUCUCCAAAGGGCAGAAGCAGUACCACCACCCACCUGACGACUCUGCCCUCUGUGCCUUCCCCAUCCGAGCCAUCAACUUACAGAUCAAGUACCGCCUGCAGUCCUGCUACCAGGGCGAGGGCAACCUGGAGCUCAACUGGCUGCUGGGGAAGGACGUCCAGUGCACCAAGGCGCCCGUUCCCAUUGAUGACAACUUCUGUGGAUUAGACAUCAACCAGCCACUUGGAGGCUCCACUCCAGUGGAGGGCCUGACCCUGUACACCACCAGCCGGGACCGCAUGACAUCAGUGGCCUCGUACGUCUACAAUGGCUACAGCGUGGUUUUUGUGGGGACGAAGAGUGGCAAGCUGAAAAAGAUUCGAGCUGAUGGUCCCCCCCACGGCGGGGUCCAGUAUGAAACAAUCUCUGUGCUCAAAGACGGGAGCCCCAUCCUUAGGGACAUGGCCUUCUCCAUCGAUCAGCGCUACCUGUACAUCAUGUCAGAGAGACAGAUCACCAGGGUACCCGUGGAGUCUUGCGAACAGUAUACAACUUGCGGGGAGUGCUUGAGCUCGGGGGACCCUCACUGUGGCUGGUGUGCCCUGCACAACAUGUGCUCCCGCAGGGACAAGUGCCAGCGUGCCUGGGAACCCAAUCGAUUUGCUGCCAGCAUCAGCCAGUGCAUGAGCCUCGAGGUGCAUCCCAGCAGCAUCUCGGUGUCUGAGCACAGCCGGCUGCUCAGCCUGGUUGUGAGUGAUGCUCCAGAUCUGUCUGAGGGCAUCGCAUGUGCCUUUGGAAACCUGACGGAGGUGGAGGGACAGGUGUCUGGGAGCCAAGUCAUCUGCAUCUCACCUGGGCCCAAGGAUGUCCCUGUCAUCCCUCUGGAUCAAGACUGGUUUGGGCUAGAACUACAGCUGAGAUCCAAGGAGACGGGGAAGAUAUUUGUCAGCACCGAGUUCAAGUUCUACAACUGCAGUGCCCACCAACUGUGCCUGUCUUGUGUCAACAGCGCCUUCCGCUGCCAUUGGUGCAAGUACCGCAACCUCUGCACUCAUGACCCCACCACCUGCUCCUUCCAGGAGGGCCGGAUCAAUAUUUCAGAGGACUGUCCCCAGCUGGUGCCCACAGAGGAGAUCCUGAUACCAGUCGGGGAGGUAAAGCCCAUCACCCUUAAGGCUCGGAACCUGCCUCAGCCUCAGUCCGGGCAGCGAGGCUACGAGUGUGUCCUCAACAUCCAGGGGGCCAUCCACCGAGUGCCCGCCCUGCGCUUCAAUAGCUCCAGCGUCCAGUGCCAGAACAGUUCGUACCAGUACGACGGGAUGGAUAUCAGCAAUCUGGCCGUGGACUUCGCCGUGGUGUGGAAUGGCAACUUCAUCAUCGACAACCCUCAGGACCUGAAAGUCCACCUCUACAAGUGUGCAGCCCAGCGGGAGAGCUGCGGCCUGUGCCUGAAGGCCGACCGAAAGUUUGAGUGUGGCUGGUGCAGUGGCGAGCGCAGGUGCACCCUCCACCAGCAGUGCACCAGCCCCGCCAGCCCCUGGCUGGACUGGUCCAGCCACAAUGUGAAGUGCUCCAACCCCCAGAUCACCGAGAUUUUGACCGUGUCUGGACCACCUGAAGGAGGGACUCGAGUGACCAUCCACGGUGUGAACCUGGGUCUGGACUUCUCCGAGAUCGCCCACCAUGUGCAGGUGGCUGGCGUGCCCUGCACACCCCUGCCAGGGGAUUACAUCAUCGCUGAGCAGAUCGUGUGUGAGAUGGGCCACGCCCUCGUGGGAACCACCUCUGGGCCCGUGCGCCUGUGCAUUGGCGAGUGUAAGCCAGAGUUCAUGACCAAGUCCCACCAACAGUACACCUUUGUGAACCCUUCUGUGCUGUCCCUCAACCCCAUUCGUGGGCCAGAGUCCGGAGGCACCAUGGUGACCAUCACGGGCCACUACCUUGGGGCCGGGAGCAGUGUGGCCGUGUACCUGGGCAACCAGACCUGCGAGUUCUAUGGGCGAUCGAUGAAUGAGAUCGUGUGUGUCUCUCCUCCAUCAUCCAAUGGACUGGGUCCGGUCCCCGUUUCUGUGAGUGUCGACCGAGCCCAUGUGGAUAACAACUUGCAGUUUGAGUACAUAGAUGACCCCCGGGUACAGCGCAUCGAGCCAGAGUGGAGCAUUGCCAGUGGCCACACACCCCUGACCAUCACAGGCUUCAACCUUGAUGUCAUUCAGGAGCCAAGAAUCCGAGUCAAGUUUAAUGGCAAAGAAUCUGUCAAUGUGUGUAAAAUUGUGAACACCACCACACUAACCUGCCUGGCACCCUCUCUGACCACGGACUACCGGCCUGGCCUUGACACUGUGGAACGGCCAGAUGAGUUUGGAUUUGUCUUUAAUAAUGUCCAGUCCUUGCUCAUUUACAAUGACACCAAGUUCAUCUACUACCCCAACCCAACCUUCGAACUACUCAGCCCUACUGGAGUCUUGGAUCAGAAGCCAGGAUCCCCCAUCAUCCUGAAGGGCAAAAACCUCUGUCCCCCUGCCUCUGGAGGUGCCAAACUCAACUACACAGUGCUGGUUGGAGAGACCCCGUGCACUGUCACUGUGUCCGAGACACAGCUGCUCUGCGAGCCCCCCAACCUCACGGGGCAGCACAAGGUCAUGGUUCACGUGGGCGGGAUGGUGUUCUCUCCUGGCUCGGUGAGUGUCAUCUCAGACAGCUUGCUGACCCUGCCAGCCAUUGUCAGCAUUGCGGCAGGCGGCAGCCUCCUCCUCAUCAUUGUCAUCAUCGUCCUCAUUGCCUACAAGCGGAAGUCUCGAGAAAACGACCUCACUCUGAAGAGGCUCCAAAUGCAGAUGGACAACCUGGAGUCCCGUGUGGCCCUGGAGUGUAAGGAAGCUUUUGCUGAACUCCAGACAGACAUCAACGAGCUGACCAGUGACCUGGACCGCUCAGGAAUCCCCUACCUGGACUAUCGUACCUAUGCCAUGCGAGUCCUGUUCCCUGGCAUUGAGGACCAUCCUGUCCUGCGGGAGCUGGAGGUGCAGGGGAACGGGCAGCAGCACGUGGAGAAGGCCCUGAAGCUCUUCGCCCAGCUCAUCAACAACAAGGUCUUCCUGCUGACCUUCAUCCGCACCUUGGAGCUGCAACGCAGCUUCUCCAUGCGUGACCGUGGCAACGUGGCUUCGCUCAUCAUGACUGGCCUGCAGGGCCGCCUGGAGUAUGCCACCGAUGUCCUCAAGCAGCUGCUCUCUGACCUCAUCGAUAAGAACCUGGAGAACAAGAACCACCCCAAGCUGCUCCUCCGGAGGACAGAGUCAGUGGCUGAGAAGAUGCUGACCAAUUGGUUUGCCUUCCUCCUGCACAAGUUCCUGAAGGAGUGCGCGGGGGAGCCGCUCUUCAUGCUCUACUGCGCCAUCAAGCAGCAGAUGGAAAAGGGCCCCAUCGAUGCCAUCACAGGCGAGGCCCGCUACUCCCUGAGCGAGGACAAGCUCAUCCGCCAGCAGAUCGAGUACAAGACCCUGAUCCUGAACUGCGUCAACCCCGACAAUGAGAACAGUCCCGAGAUCCCGGUGAAAGUGUUAAACUGUGACACCAUCACACAGGUCAAGGAGAAGAUCCUCGAUGCCAUCUACAAGAACGUGCCCUACUCUCAGCGGCCAAGGGCCGUUGACAUGGACUUGGAGUGGCGUCAAGGCCGGAUCGCCAGGGUUGUGCUGCAAGAUGAGGACAUCACCACCAAGAUCGAGGGUGACUGGAAGCGCCUCAACACAUUGAUGCACUAUCAGGUGUCAGACAGAUCAGUGGUGGCUCUGGUCCCCAAACAGACAUCCUCCUACAACAUCCCUGCCUCUGCCAGCAUCUCCCGGACGUCCAUCAGCAGAUAUGACUCCUCCUUCAGGUACACAGGCAGCCCCGACAGCCUGCGGUCACGGGCCCCCAUGAUCACCCCAGACCUGGAGAGCGGAGUCAAGGUGUGGCAUCUGGUGAAGAACCACGACCACGGAGACCAGAAGGAGGGUGACCGGGGCAGCAAGAUGGUGUCGGAAAUCUACCUGACCCGGUUACUGGCCACGAAGGGAACCCUGCAGAAGUUUGUGGACGACUUAUUUGAGACCUUGUUCAGCACUGUGCACCGGGGCAGCGCUCUCCCGCUGGCCAUCAAGUACAUGUUUGAUUUCCUGGAUGAGCAGGCAGACAGACACAGCAUCCACGACACAGAUGUGCGGCACACCUGGAAAAGCAACUGCCUCCCUCUGCGCUUCUGGGUGAAUGUGAUCAAGAACCCCCAGUUUGUGUUUGACAUCCACAAAGGCAGCAUCACGGACGCCUGCCUCUCCGUGGUGGCCCAGACCUUCAUGGACUCUUGCUCAACUUCAGAGCACCGGCUGGGCAAGGACUCCCCCUCCAAUAAGCUGCUGUACGCCAAGGACAUUCCCAGCUACAAGAGCUGGGUGGAGAGAUACUAUGCAGACAUCGCCAAGCUCCCUGCUAUCAGUGACCAGGACAUGAACGCCUACCUCGCUGAGCAGUCCCGCCUGCACGCUGUGGAGUUCAACAUGCUCAGUGCCCUCAAUGAGAUCUACUCCUACGUCAGCAAGUACAGCGAAGAGCUCAUUGGGGCACUAGAGCAGGACGAGCAGGCCCGGCGCCAGCGGCUGGCAUACAAGGUGGAACAGCUCAUAAAUGCUAUGUCCAUUGAGAGCUGAGAGAUGGAGCCUCCCGUUCCUGGGAAGAGGGACCCGUGAAAGCUGUCACACUGGGAGUCUCAGAAGGAAGGACAAGUGAAGGGGGUCAGACGCCAGAGCUUGCUGUCCCCUGAGACCCCAUCUCAGGGAGAGGGGAGGGCCCCUCUCCCCAACCUAGCCAAGUUUCCUCACAGGUGGUUCCUGCAGGGAGAGACCAUGGGCGUCCACCGUCCCCAGGGCGAACAAGAGAGAAGCCGGGGAGAUGCAGGGCCAUGGAGGAGGCGGUUCUUCAAGCUGAGAGGCACGAGCUGAGCCGGCUCUGCCUCUGUGACUGCUGCUUUGCAUGAAAACUCAUUCGAUGUAUAUUGGGGAAAUAAUGAGAACUUUAUUUAAUUUUUUUUAAGAAAAAGGAAAACCAGAAAUAAAACAAAACAAAAACCUCCCUGUUAAUCCCGUCCAGCUUUUGUUGAAUUCUGGUUUCUACCCCACUUCCUUCUUUCGCCCCUGUCCCUCCUUCUUUAUCUAACUCCUGUUUCCAAAUGCCAGAAAACACCUGCAAAGAGAUGCUGGGGAAAAUGGAAGGGAAAACAAUUGUUUCUUUUCCCUUGAAAUUAAUAAUAAUAAUAAUAAAUGAGGAGAAGAAGAAUGAGCACAAGUUUGCACCAAACACUUUGCAAAACUAGAGGCCAGUAAAACCUGGAAUUACCCCGGCAGCCAGAAGAGCGUGAGAACCAUCAAACUCGCACCACCUGCAAAGCCAUCAAGCAGCUCGGCCUGGCCAACGGGAAAUCGAGCUUUACAGACCACACACCUGUAUAUUCUCAUCUCUUGAGAGGACAUAUGUGUCUCCAGAGUACCAAUGCUUAUUGCUACUGUUUAUUUUCUUUUAUGUGUGUAUGUGUGUUUGUUUUGUUUUAUUUAAUCCCAAACCUCAACCAAUGAGGAGCUGAUCUUUGGUACUUUUCAUUUCCCUAAAGUUACUAACAGAAGUGUGGGAGAGGUGGGCCUCUCAGACCAGACGCCUGGCCUCCCUGAGGACACUGAGCAGCUCUGCCUUACUUCAGUCACUGUCAUAACCAAGGCACCCUGGGGAAAGGGCUUGAAGGCAUGUGGGCCAGGCCUCGGGGAGGUUCCGUGUGGGGGCAUGGGUGUUUGGCUUCGGAUUCCAUUCCAGUCCGCUAGUGGUUUUUUCAAUUAAAGAGAAAGCAAAAAUGAAACACUGUUUACAGCAAGCAAUACUUGAAGAGCAUAGGUUAAAGAAGCUGCAGUAUUUAUUGUUAUGCUUGCUUUCUUUCAUUCUCUCGUGCCUGGAGAGGGGAGACAACCCUUCACUCAUAUGUGGAAGCUCCUGAGUGAGCACCUGCUCAGGAGAAGUGACUAGCAUCCCCACACGACUGUCUUCUGCCUCUCUUGUCCUUAAGAGUUUGAAGGACAAGAGGGUGGCUUCCCACUGGGCUCCUUCCCUGCUCUCUCCUGCUGACACCUAAAACCAUGAUGACCAGCUCUCCUGAGUGUAGUUUCCAAACAAAGAGACCAAAGCUCCAUACCCUAGUCCAGAGGACCCGGGGAAGCCAGUGGGAGUCAAGAGGAAAAUGGCUCUGUUGGGGGCAGGACCUUGGUGACCAGGACAGCCAUCUAAGUUUCCAAGCCUCCCACAUUGGCAAGGACCCAAGCAGACAGCUCCAACUUCUCUACAAGCAGCACCAAAAUGUGGACAAAGGAGGACAAGAGAAAGGCAAAGGGAUGGGAAGCGGGGAGGCAGGAGAGGACCAACCUCCUCUGUCUACCUACUUCUCAAGGGGCUGCAAUGCUGUGAGAAACUGGACCAGCCAUCCCCAGAGAGACCAGACCAGGGUCAUUUCCUCUGUGACUAACUCUGGGCCCCAGCAUCUCUGUGCCCUGAUAUACCUCCAAACAAGUCCAACUUCUCGAGGCUCUGCUGACCACAUUGAAUUCCCCGGAAAGGGCUGGGGGUGGGGGAGCUCUGAGGACUGGCUUUCAUCCCUGGUGUAUGGCUUGGGAUUGCUGAGCUCACCACACAGCAGACAUUGCCUGGUAUUCUCAGCUCUAGUUUCUUGCCUAAAUGCAGCUGACAAAUGGGAAGAGAAGGGCAUUCAGAAAAAUACUCAGGAAACUUGCUUGUUUUCAUUAUAAUUCACAACCAGCCAUACCAAGGCCACUUUCUUCUGAUAAUCCACUUCUGUUAAAGUUUCUCUGGGCCCUAUUAACAGCCUGAAAGAAAUACUACCACUGGCCUUCCUCACUAAGCCAAAAAGUGUUGACUCUUCACAGCACCUAAAACUUAUCAUCUCAGAGCCUAUGGCUUAUGGAGACGAAAAGAGAAGAAGUGGGAAAGAGGAAUGUGAGCAAGAAACUGUGCUACCCACACACACAAAAAAAUCCAGCCCACCUCGUCUUACUUCUGAGCUCUGAAUUGAGGUUUUCUGAUCACACCACUGCUCAAACUGCCAUCCCGGACUUGGCUCCACCAAGAUGUAAAAGCAAGUUAGCCAUCUCAGUUGCAUCUUAACAUCCCUCACCUCUCUGCAGCCACCUGGGUAUCUCCCAGCAGCUACGUCUGGUGUCCACUGCUGCUGAGGAUGCUUCCUUGAAGGUUUUUGGAGAGUGUAGAGAAUGAUGCGGGAUGGGGUACAGAUUGGACAGUAGAGAGAAGAGGAGCCAGAGUUGGCAAGAGUGGCUUGGCCCCAUUUCUCAGGAUACCAUGAGAGAGUUGGGGAAGUUGGAGUGGCAAAGGAAGUGGAAGAGGAGCAUCCCCUGAGAAAGGAAUUCAGAUAAAGGAAAAGUCAGUUGGAUUCAACCCAGGGCAACUUCCCCCCUGGCUUCUCACCUAUCUCUCCUGCACCAGCUCUUGACUUUGGGUCACCAAGAACUGGUGCCCUAUGGAACAGGGAGGAGAGGAAGUUGGCUGGCCUCAACUCCUCACUAUUAUCCAAUCUGAAGCUAUUUUGACCUUGAGUGAAGAGUAUUAAAGUCACUGCUCCUCCCCCACAUGAAGCCAUCGAUCUUAGAGGGAGGCAGGGAAAGAAGUCAAUCCAGAUUCAUUUUGUUUUAUUGAUCUGCACAAGAGACACAUCUCUGGAAAAGGAACAGGACCCCAGAAAUGUGUUUGGCAAGCAGGGCGCUAACGGGCAACGUGGAGAUGGACAAGAUGUCUGGCUUGGUGGAGCAAGUCACUCCGGCCGGCUGGCUGCAGCUCCCUGCCCUCAGCGUUGUGUCAGAUGCUUCUGCGCUGGCUUCCCUCCCCUCCCCACAGCACAUCUCUCAGAAUCAUUUCCAAUCCACCCCUGGCAGAGCUCUCCGCCUCCUUGCAGAGUUCAGUCACUGAGGCUUGGAUCAGCGAGGGACCGGUUUCUUACAUUCAUUCAGGGAACCUUCAGACCUGCAACUAUUUUCUAGACACUGCUCAUGUGCUGAGAAAGAGCAACCAACAAGACCAGGAAGGGCCUUCUUCUUGCAAAUUUACAUUCUUCAGACUGCUGGUUCCUGCCACCAGCUUAGCAGGUACAGUUCUCUGUGCCCACCUGCAGGGGGCAGGAGUUUUCUAAAAGAAGGAGGAAAGCCGACCAACCCAACUGCCUUACCUUAUUCAGGAGACUUUACUGGGGCAAUAGAGCCUCCCUCAUUUCCACUGUCACUGUCUCUUGUGUGUGACACUUCCCCUGCUGCUUGAACUCCUGAUCUUCCUUCAUAUCUACCAAAUUAGGACAAGAAAUAGCAGUGAAGGCUCCUGGCCCUGCUGUGCAUGAAACAGAAGUAAUGCAUGGGUGUGCUAGACUAAAAUUGGCCUGGGCAGAACAUACAGAGAAUGCCUGAAAAUCUCUGGCUGAUAAAUCUCCAGGUGCAUUCCUAUUGCCACACCUGGCCCCAUUAACCCACAGCCAUUAAAUACUGAGCCUCUGGGGGAAGCCGUCUUUUCUCAGCCAGUGGUUCCUGUGGCCUGGCUGCAGACAGGAAAGAACUGAGACUGGGGGCAGAGGAGGCUCCAUGGGUGAGAAAAUGCAAAGCAGCCUCCUAGACACAAAAGUACAUGUAGGAGUGGAUCCCACAGGGAGACUUGUGGGGGGUGAAGUUCAGGAGAAGCCUUGACAACAAGCUUUGAGGAAAUGGCGCAUCCUCUUCAUAACUCCAAAUCUCUUCUCCCCUCCCUUCCUGCUGGCUUUCCUGGUGAGUGAGGUGUCAGCUACUGGGGUUCGGUGGUGCCACCAAUGAAGGCUAGAGCUUCAUUCUUGGAAUCAGGAAAGUCCUGGGAGAGAAUCAAGACCACUACUCGUCACACAAGGCAACCCCCAGCAAGCAAACCGAAGAUUCUCAGCCCUUCGCAGACGCCCUCCUCUUGCACUCCUCACCUGAAAGAAGUUCUGCCUUCAGACCGGGCUCUACCUUUGCGCAGCCUGCUCCUCCUGUCCAAGCUCAAGGAAGGUGGGCUGAUCCUCUGGCUUUCAGUCAGCCUGGCUUUCUGCCCUCCUUACUGGCAUUACAGGUGGAGAGUAACAUAGAAACCAGUCCCCUCCAUACAGAGCAGGUGCCCUCAAGUGUGUCAGGGAGGAAGGGACAAGCUCCUUACACCGUGAGACGAGGGACCUGAGCCCACCUGCCUCUCCCCACAACUUCUCCUACCCAAACCCACUCUUCUUGACACACUGGAAUCUGUAUUAUAUAUAUUUUUAAGACAAUGCAACGAUAGUUGUCUGGUUUUGUUGUUUUUACAGGUGUUGUGGAAUAAAAAAUUGCAAGGAAAAUUAAGUAUUUAAAACGUUCCAAUAAAAUAGGGUUUUUUGUUAUUCUAAUAUAUUAUCGUGUACCUAUUGUAAAUAUGAAACACUCCUAUUUUGCAAGCCAAGGACACAAUUUGUACUGUUGUUAUAUAUAAAUAAAGUUUACUGGAUAAAAAA